AUGGACGGUGUCUCCGUCGCCAGUGGUAUUGCUGGCCUCAUCACCCUGGCCUUGCAGGUUAGUGGUGCGAUAGCAGUUUAUGUUACUUCGAUCAAAGAUCGCUCGAAGAAUAUCCGGGAAUUGCACGAAGAAUUGCUUCUCUUAAGCGAGGUCCUCGGCAGUCUGCGAGAGUUCUUGACAAGUGAGAGGGCCAAAGGCAGGUCGUUCGACAACAACUCGGUCCUCCAGAAAGCCAUCAGCGACUGUCGCGACAGAAUAGAACGAAUUGGCGAGAAAUUGAAACCUCUGGAGGGCGGUAAGGUGUCUCGAGCUAUUGACAAGCUCAAAUGGCCCUUUGAACAGAGGGAAGUCAACCACUUGAUCGACAACCUCCGACGCUAUGGACAGACCUUCCACUUCGCCGUCACAGUCGAGGGCUGCGACCUCCUCGCCAGAACUUCGGAGGACGCGGCCAAAGGCUUACAGGAGAUGCUCGGUGUGUCAAGAAAGAUCAGUGAGCUAUCGGCCCAGAUGGGUCUUUCGAACGAAGAAGCAGCAAAACGAGCAGCUCAGAUCCAAGAGAUCAUUGCCCUGAUUCCGAUGCUCACCAAUACAGCCCUCGACGUGAACGAAUUGACCCAUGCGGCACGAAUGGCAGAGCUCAGAGAGCAGGAGAGGCGUACUACUGAUAUUUUGGAUUGGCUCGCGCCAGUAUCAUGGUUGCAUAAGCAUCGAGAUCUGCAACUGAGAAGGUCGAAAGGGACAGGAGUCUGGUUCUUGCAAAACCGAGACUAUCUCGCAUGGCUACAGGCUGACACCGCGGAACAUGAUCUGCUUUGCGUUGGUGGACCAGGUGCCGGAAAAUCCAUCCUCUGCUCGUUGAUUGUCGACCAUCUGCGCUCAACAUUCAAGGAUCCGAAUGUCGCUGUUGCAUAUUAUUACUACGAUUUCUCGGAUCAACAGUCCCAGACUCCCAUCAAUCUAGCACGAACACUAUUGCGCCAACUGUCUAUGAAUGGCAAUACGGUUCCUUCUGCAGUCGCAGAAUUCUAUCAGCGUACUCGAAACGAUGUGAAAGAUCAAACGUGGUUUCAUGACUUGUUGUCCAUUUUGCGACGAGUGGCGGCGACUUAUACACAAUGCUUUGUUGUAAUAGACGCACUCGAUGAGGCUGACAUUCAUAGCCAACGCACUGGUCUUUUUGAGGUCCUGGAUGCUUUACGAGAUUCUGGCAGAGCCAAAAUUCUGGCACUUGCUCGGCCGCAUGUCCUCAACAACACAAUGAGGUUUGCUAGUCCUGUGGUCGUGGAUAUCAUAGCACACUCGCAUGAUCUUCGACUGUUCCUUGCACGAGCAAUUGAGGAACGUCCAGACAUGGCCGACAUUUUGGAUGAUAACCUAAAGGAGCAGAUCUUAGAAACAUUAUGCCAAAUGGCCAAUGGCAUGUUCCUUCUUCCUGCAUUGCAGAUCCGCACAAUACUCGAUCAAGUCACCAAGGCUGCUGUUCGGAGGUCUUUGACCCAUCUAUCUACAAAUCUGACAGAAGCGUUUCAGUCAACAAUUCAAAGAAUAACGAAUCUACCCCUUGCAAAGAAAGAACUUGCGUUCAAAGUACUUAUGUGGAUAUCGCAUGCAAGGAGACCGCUUCGAGCUAUCGAAUUGCAACAAGCAAUGGCAAUGCAACCAGAUGACGACAAUAUGGACCUAGAGAAUAUGUCUCCUGUACGAACGAUUGUCGACUGUUGCUGUGGGCUAGUCGAAGUUGACAGGGAAAGCUUCAUCAUACGGUUGGUACAUCAUUCUCUUGAGGAGUACCUUCGUGAACAUGAUCAUGGCUUGUUUGACGACGCGAGUCUGAUCAUCACGAAGACAUGUCUGAAAUUUCUCAUUCUUGAUUUUACAAAGCACCUUCCAUUCAAAAACAGGAAUGAAUUCCACCAAGCAAUCGAUGACCUGCCAUUUCUAGAUUAUGCCGCAACGGAAUGGGGAUUUCAUGCUGGUGCUGCCCCGGUGGAACAAUUUCGGGCCCAAGCCAUUGGUGUUCUCAACGACAGUCUAGCACUCAUCGCAAUUGCUCGGAUUCGCGAUCGUUAUAGUGCCGAAUUUCGCAAAUGGAAAGAAAAGGCCUGGGUCUGGGCAUCUUCUGGUGGUGCAGGUAUAUCUCUGGUUGCCUCGUUUGGGCUCGCAGAACUUCUUGAGAUCCUCAUCAACGAGAACAAGCUCAAUCUUUGUCUUGAUGCUCGCAACAUGUAUGGGAGCACUCCACUUCAUGAAGCAGCUCUGCAAGGCCAUGACCGUGUAGCAGAAAUCUUGAUUGGUUACGGUGCAAAUUUACUAGACAGAAACUAUGGGUCAGCAACUCCUUUGUAUCUCGCAGUCUCAUACGGUCGACUUUCCAUGGUGAAGCUUCUACUCAAGUUCAAUCACACGCAACUCGAUACACCUGGACCCCGAGGAUUAACACCUUUACACAAAGCUGCAGAACAGGGAAACGUUGAUAUUGUCACUGCACUACUCCAAGCUGGUGCUCUAGUAGCCGCUCAGGACAACUCUGGCAUGACAGCUCUUCAUCUCGCAGCCCGCCGAGGGCAUCUGUCACUUGUCCGACUUUUGGUUCUUGCUGGUGGGCUAGUCGAUAUUCAAGACAGAGACGGGCUAUGUCCCCUCGACUACGCCGCUACUGGAGGCUAUACAGAGGUCGUCAGAUACUUGCUUGAAAACGGAGGCAACAUGUGGCACAAAGGCCACGAAGCAUGGACUCCACUUCAUCGUGCAGCACGUGGUGGACAUACUGAUACUGUCUCAUUCUUCCUCCAGCAUCACGGAGAUGUGCUUGCUGCCGACUUGAGAGGAAACAUUCCGAUCCAUCUAGCCGUUCGUUCAGGCAGCAUGAGCACCACCAGAGUCCUGCUAGAGUUUGGAUCUCAGUUGAAACGCGAGCAAAUCUUCGUACAAGACCGGAAAGGCUCAACACCACGAACCGUCGCUUUCUUCACAGCUCAUUACGACAUCCACAAAUACCUUCGAGCUGAGGAAUGGGCUCUAUUGGGGACUGAACCAAGUGAUGCAAAUAUACUCACGAGUGCUAUCGAGCGAGGCGACCUCGAGGCUGUCCGGAUACACCUCACAAACAACCCUGAUGCCUUGUAUCAGUGUGACGAGGAUGGCCAGCCUCCACUCCAUGUCAGCCUACAAGAGAAGCAACGUGCUAUUGUCGAUUUUCUUCUCGAGAGCGGCGCUUCAAUUGAAUCUGUGGGCUACCACGGCUGGCGACCUAUCCAUAUUGCUGCUUCAUUGGGUAACUUGGAAUUGGUCGAUGUCUGUCUCAACCACGGGGCAGAUGUCAAGUCCCGCACACAAACAAGACAAACGGCCAUGCACAAGGCUGCAUCCAGUCAUUCUGCCGCUGUGGUCCGACGGUUGAUCGAAGCUGGCGCGGACCCCAACGAUAGGAACGACCGUGGAAUGACGGCCUUGCAUGUCGCCGCUCAUCAAAAUGAUAUCCAAACCGUUAGACUACUAGUGGGCGAGUACGGCAUGGAUGUAUUCACGAGAGACUUUAUGAAACUGACACCUGCCAUGUGGGCAGAAAGAUCAGGACAUUUGGAAGUCCUAGCAUUUCUGAGGGCCGAGGCGAAGAAGAUCAGAACAGCGACAAGAGCUGCUGCAGACGAACAGCAACAAACUACCCUGGGCUCGCCGCGUGAUAAACAAAUGCGUCUGCUCAAUAUCGAGGGUAACGUUGAAGAUGUCGACUUUGACGAUGAGAUGGAUUGA